AUGUGGAGAGUGGAUUUACUGAACACCCGACGGAUUGAACGUAUUGUAGUUUACUCUAGAACGGAUAACCUGGAAUGGGACUCAACCAACGAAUUUACAAAAAAAUUGCGCGGAUUUUCUUUUAUUGUAUCCAACACCACCGAUCCCUGGGAUGGUGUCGUUUGUUAUCACAACACAAAUACCACCAUAGAGACCAUUCCUGCUGUGGUGGAUAUACCGUGCUCUGUUGUUGGACGUUACGUUAUAUACUACAAUGAACGACUAACAGGAAUCACUUACUCCAACAAUCACAGUCAAUUUGCAUUUGCUGAUUUAUGUGAAGUGGAGGUUCUUGGCUGUCCAAUUCCUAUUUAUGGACAUGAGGACUCUUCUUGCACAGUUCCUUGUUUAAAGAUGUGCAAAAAUUAUGUCCUGAAUGGUACUGGAGCCUUCUCUGGAUUUUCAGUGUACAUUUCAAACACCGUCAAUCGACAUGAUGGUAGUCUUUGCUACCGCGAUGGACAUCUGCACUACAAACCUACCCUUCCUGACCACGUGCUUAUCGACUGUCCAUACUAUGGACAGUACGUCAUAUUCUACAAUGAGCGACUUCCUGGAGAUGUCCUAGUCCGGUGGCGUACAAUGAAUAUUGCUGGAUGCCCUGCCCAGAGAAUUGUGAAGAAUGUUAUCCUGGAACAGGAUUUUGUGUAA